CCUUGCGAAGCACAUUUUUGACAGUCAUGUUUUUGUUUACAGUUAGACCGUGACACGGCAGCUGUCACCCGGCUUUGGGUUAUUACUUUUUAUAUCUAUUAAGAGAUUUACGCUAAGUAUAUUUAUUACCUUUUAUGUGAAAUAGUCUGUAGCCUGUGUUUAUAUAGGCAACGUUACAUUAACAGUUCCACGAUAAACUUUAUAUUAAAGUUUUGUUUGCUAGCUAACGUAAGCUAGCCAGUCGGCCAACUCUCGGUGGAUGUGAGUCAGCAGCCAGCUAACCCUGUACUAAGUUAGCUAGCUACCAGUUGUCAUUUGGAAGUUAUCCCUUUGUGCUAUCAUGGAUCAAACUGACUCUUACCCGGUGAAACUGUACAUUUACGACAUGUCCAGAGGCAUGGCCCGCCAGCUGAGCCCUCUCUUGCUAGGAAGACAGCUUGAUGGGAUAUGGCACACUGCUGUUGUGGUCCAUGGAAAGGAAUUCUUCUUUGUGGGAGAAGGCAUCAACAAUUGUCCACCUGGUGGCACCCCCUUGGGUGAGCCUGACUCCAUAGUGGACCUGGGCUCCACUGAGGUGUCUCUGGAAAUAUUUAUGGUGUACCUGUUUUCACUGGCAGAAUCCACAUACAGAGUUGACACGUACAACUUGUUUGAGCACAACUGCAACACUUUCAGCAACGAGGUGGCUCAGUUCCUCACGGGCAAAACGAUCCCGUCGUACAUUACAGACCUUCCAUCUGAAGUACUAUCCACGCCUUUUGGCCAGGCUCUCCGUCCCUUACUGGAUUCCAUCGUCAUAAAUCCUGGAGGAAACAACAUAACUGGACAGCGAUAGAAAGGGCUGGGCAUGUUCAUUUAAGAAAAAUACUUUCACUUAAGGGUUUAGGUAAGCGUGGGACACCAACAACUGCCACCUGCCAGACCCUGAUCACACCUGUGCUAUAAGUCCUGUCUGUUCAGAUUCUGCAUAUUCUACACAUCUGAGGUUUUAAGGUAUGCCAGCCACUGAGGCCAGGGGACUAAAAAAGUAGAUUUCUUCUCUGGGUGAUAAAUAGUAUGCAGCCAAGUUUGUGUUCAUAAAGUAAGAGUACUUCCCCGUGUUUAACCAAAUAAUUAUAUAUCCUCAAGAUCUUACAUUUAUUUUUAAUAGGCUGAAUUCAUUCUUUCCUGCAGUGGUGCUCUUAAGAGGCUUUUUAAAUAUAUGAAUAACAUUCAUGUUUUACCACGGUGCUUCUUAUGAUAGGCUACUAUAAAGUGCGUUACAAUUAGAUGACCAGUACAGAACUUUAUAAUAUAUAUUUUUGCCAAGUUAUGCCUCGUUCUGUACUUUAAUGUGUUAAUUAAAUAGGGCUAUGUAUCGUUCAAAAAUAUUCGAUACUGAUACCAAUACCGUGACUUCGAUACCGAUUCCUAAAAGAUAAUU